AUGAAGGGGCUGAGCAUGAACAAGAUGCUGGGGAGCAUCAGGAAGAAGACUGGCGGCGGAGGCAGCUCGGAGAUGCCCCCAGCCUCGGCCGCGACACCGGCCGAGAACCCAGAAGUCACCGCUCAUAACAGCGUGAAAGCUUUUUGCGAGUCCGGCGGCAACGCCCAGAGCGACGAGGUGCUCUUUCUGCCCCCCAUCGUCGACGCCGCCGAGUCGUCCCCCGCGGCCGCAGCCGAGUGCGCGCGCAUCAUCCGCAAGUACAUGGGCAAGGAGUACUCGUCGCGGCCCUCGUGGCAGUACAACGCCAUCAUGCUCGUGCGCAUCCUCACGGACAACCCCGGCCAAACCUUCACCCGGAACCUCGACGACAAGUUCGUCGACACGACAAAGGCCUUGCUCAAGAACGCCAGGGACCGCAGCGUGCGCCAGAUCCUCAUGGAGACGCUCGACGACUUUGAGCACACCAAGAUGUACGACGAGGGCCUGGCCCCCUUAAUACAAAUGUGGAAGAAGGAAAAGGACAAGGCGCUCAAGGAACACGGUGGCCGCGUCCCCGCGCCAGGGCCUCGCCCGCAUCUCAUGAGCCCCCCGCCGCCCAUGCUGAACCGCCACUCGCAAAACUACUUCGCCAAGGCCCAUUCCAACAACCGGCUACCGGACCCCAUCGAGCUCGCCAGCCGGUUGGAGGAGGCGCGGACGUCGGCCAAGCUGCUCGAGCAGGUCGUCAUGAAUACGCCCUCGACCGAGAUGCUGCAGAACGAGCUCAUCCGCGAGUUCGCCAACCGCUGCCUCAGCGCGUCGCGCAGCAUCCAGGGGUACAUGACGUCGGAGAACCCGGGCCCCGACAACGACACCAUGGAGAGCCUCAUCGACACCAACGAGCAGCUCCAGACGGCGCUCAACCAGCACCAGCGCGCCGUCCUCAACGCGCGCAAACAGCUCGGCCUCAACACGCCGCAUGAGGGGUCGCCGGGACCCGAAGCGACCAACGGUACGCAACGACAGGAUAGCUGGCAGGGCACGAGCGCCGGCGCCGGUGUGGGCGCGGGUGCGGCCGUCGUAUCGGGCGGCAACGGCAAGGGCAAGCAGGCAGAGGUCUACAGCGCGCCCGACGGCCCACCUCCGUCCAACAAGGCCUCCGGCUCCGGGUACCGGCGCGACCACGACGACGACGAGGAGCCGGCCGAGGACCCAUUCGCAGACCCCCACCCGGGUCAGGGCUCGUCGAGCGCCUUUGCCGACCUCAGACUGGCACAGGAGCCCUUCAACCCAGGCUUCCAGGCCGCCAAACCUGGCUUCGCCGACGAGAAGGAGGCGGUCAACGGCUCGGGAGCUUCUAGCACGACGGGCCUGCACCCGCCACCGGGCCAGCGCAAGGCGCCUAGCAACGAUGAUGACGACGACGACAUUUACGAAGCGACGCCAAAGAGCAAGGAGCCUAUGCACCGGUACUAG